CCGUACCCACCCACAGCCAUACUCACUGAGCUGUUUCCAGCAACCAUGAGGCUGUCACUGUUGCUGCUUUUAGGAGCCUGGGCUGUCCCAGAGGGGCUUGGGGACCAGGGCUUCCUCUCCGCUACUGCUCCACAACUGGAUGAAGAGGAAAAGUACUCGGCUCACAUGCCUACUCACCUGCGCUGUGAUGCCUGCAGGGCCAUAGCCUACCAGCCCAGAAAAGUGGAUCCUGCCUCCGUUGACCUAGCCUCAGCUUUGGGCACUUGGGCGCAAGUUCUGCAGCCUGUCUCACAGAUAUGGCAACAUUUGGCAAAGGCAGAGGCCAAGCUUCAUGCCUCAGACUCCAGGGGACAGCAGGAGCUCAGUGAGUCAGAAUACACAGAUGUCCUGGACCGGAGCUGCUCCCAGAACUGGAAGAACUAUGGGGUCCGAGAAGUAAACCAGAUGAAACGUCUCAUAGGCCCAGGGCUUAGCGAGGGGUCAGAGCCAAGUAUCAGCGUGAUGGUCACAGGAGGCCCCUGGCCCAACAGGCUCUCCAGAAUGUGCUUGCAGUACCUGGGAGACUUUGGGGAAGAUGAGAUCUAUGAAGCCCACCAGCAAGGCCGUGAGGCUGUGGAGGCCUUGCUAUGUGGGGACACCCAGGGUCCUUGCUCAGCAGAGGCAUCAAUCAUGAGGGAAGAACUCUAGCCCACAACUCCUCCUGGCCCUAAAGAAAAACUGGACCUCCUCUGACACUUUUCUGUGGAAGCUGGAGGGGGUGGGGUAGCCUAGCUCAGAGUUGUCCCUUUUGACCUUCCUCUACCCAAGGCACUGGGGCCUGGGAAAGACAAGACUUUCUUCUUUGGAUUCAAAUAAAACCUGGU